GCGAGUGUGCUUGGUACAUUGCAUCCAAAUAAGGGGGAAGACACCUCAAAGAUACACAGACAUAAGCGAGGAGGAUGGCGAAGCAAGGUGUAGACGUCGCAGUGGCGCUGGUCCUUGUUGCCUUCGCAGCAUUUCCAGCAGUGCACUCCAUCGGCGUCUGCAACGGCGUGCUCGGCAACGACCUGCCGGCGCCGAGCGACGUCGUGAAGCUCUACCAAUCCAAGGGCAUCAACGCCAUGCGGAUCUACGAGCCGGAGGGCAACGUCCUAAAUGCUCUCAGCGGCACGGGCAUCGCCGUCCUCAUGGACGUCGGCGAGGCGCUACCCAGCCUCGCCUCCAGCAGCUCCGCUGCGGCCGCCUGGGUAAAGGCCAACGUCUCCUCCUUCCCGGGCGUCUCCUUCCGCUACAUCGCCGUCGGCAACGAGGUCAUCGACAGCGCCGGCCAGAAGACCAUCCUCCCGGCCAUGAGGAACGUACAAGCGGCGCUCGUGGCCGCCGGCCUCGGCGGCAGCGUCAAGGUGUCGACUUCCGUGCGGUUCGACGUGGUCAAGGACACAUCUCCGCCCUCCAACGGCGUGUUCGCGGACACAUCAUUCAUGGGGCCCAUCCUUGAGUUCCUGGCGAGCACCGGCGCACCGCUGCUGGUCAACGUCUACCCCUACUUCGCCUACGAGAAAGACCCGAAGAACAUCCAGCUCAACUUCGCUACCUUCGUGCCAGGCAGCACCACCGUGAACGACAACGGGCUGACAUACACGAACCUCUUCGACGCCAUGGUCGACUCCAUCUACGCCGCGCUGGAGAAAGCCGGCAGACCCGGGGUUAAGGUGGUCAUAUCCGAGAGCGGGUGGCCGUCGGACGAAGGUUUCGGGGCGACGGCGCAGAACGCGCGUGCGUAUAACCAGGGGUUGAUCAACCAUGUCGGCAACGGCACGCCCAAACGGCCCGGGCCGUUGGAGACGUACAUUUUCGCCAUGUUCAACGAGAACAAGAAGGACGGGGAGAAGAGCGAGAAGCACUUUGGGCUGUUCAAUCCGGACAUGUCGCCGGCCUACUCCAUUACUUUCUGAAUGGAAUGCGACAAGCGCUGGAUAUUUUGCGUUCGAAUAAGCUGCCUGGCAAUGCAAUUGCAAACUGCAUGCAUCUAAGUCAACCACUCGUGUGUGUUAUGUCUUCUUUUUUCUUAAAAAUGUCCCAAAAAACACGUCAAAAAUGAAAAGAAAAGGACUGAAAUCCACUUUUUUACAUGCCA